AUGAACCAUAAUCUGCCACAACAACAAAUAACAAUACAACAGCAAUUCCAUAGCAGAGAAAUCGAAAGGAAAAGAAGAAGAGGAGAAGUCGCGAAUUCGCUCACACGCAUCCGCACACUGCUAUUACCGAAUCAGUCUAAGAAACAAAGUACGGCUGUGAAGUCAGAUUCUAGUAUACAAGAAAUCGAGGCAGCUCCUGGAAACACACCAAAUCAUGUUUCUGACGGUAAACAGCGUGGCGAUAAAAAGCGCCGGUUUCCUCUCCGAAAAGAUAGCUUGAAGGCUAAGGAAACUGCUUCUUCGAGAGAAUGUCAUUUGGAUGGGAACAGUGAGUACAAUGGCGGUCAGCUAGUACCAUUCAAGUUCACAGAUGAAGAAGAACUGGAAGAUGAGUUGGAUAUCCCAAAACUGUCACUUAGAAGGCUUAGAGUGUCCAAAAAAGUGGGUUCUGUUGAAACCACUCAUUGUGAGAUUGAGGAGAUAAGUAAUGGGGAUUUUUCAUUAGAAAGACCAAAAGAGGAGUCUAUUCCUUCAUCUGAUGAAGAUGAAAAUAAUGACAAAUCAGCUCUGGAAGGGGACAUACCUAAAAUGGAAAUUGCUGAAAUUAAUUUAGGAAAGUUGUCACUAGAGGAAGCAGGUGCAGAGUUGAUUUCAAGAUCAGAUGAAGCAAAUGUCAAUAUAGAAAAGCCAGUUACAGAAGAUGCAAACGCUGAAGUGGAAAUUAUUGCAAGUGAAUUAGAAGGAGUGGUAGACUUGAAUAAUCGAAACUUGCCACCAGAGGAGCUAAACUUUCGAAUUGAUGGAGAAGAUGCUAAAAAUGAUAAAUCAGCUAUAGUUGGUGAAAAGCUUGAAGAGGAGAUUACUGGAAACAAUAUAGCAGAAGAAAAAUUAAACAAUGGAAUAUGGACACAAGAAGGAGCAGAAGGGGAUUUGAACGUAAGUGCUUUGGAUAAAGAAGAACCUGACGAUGAAAAAUCAGCUAAAGAGGGUGCAAAAUCAGAAGUGGACACUGCAGAAGGCACUACAACAAAAAUGCCAAGCACUGAGAAUGUGGAUACCUUCAAUACCACGGAACUAAGAGGUCAUAGUUCAGAAUUCCCUAUCCAACAUCUAGAUUCUUUGAGGAACACUUACGCUGAGGCUGAAGGAAGGAUCAGAAAGGGUAAAGGUCCUGCUAAUGGUGAUUUUGGAACACAACAUCAAUCAAAUGUGCCAGAGGAAAAGAAUCAUAUGGUGAAAGACAGCAGAAGGAAUAAAAACAAAGUAUUGGGCAAUACAAGUCAAGGUGAUUCCCGUUUCAUGAAAACAAAGAGAGAUCACGAGUUUCCAUCAAGAGUACCUUUUCAUCGAAAUGGUUACCAAUCACACAAUGAAAGUGGCAGGCCGUCAAAUGGAAUGCAUGAUGAGAGUUCAAGCUUUCUUUCGCGUGACCCCCGUGAGGAAACUGACCAGGAGAAGGCGAAACUGUUGGGAAUGAUUUAUAAGUUGCAGGAUGAACUCAACAAGACACGCUAUGUGAGUGAGAAAUCAAAUGUAAGAGUGGCCACUGGUGUAUCUUACAAGGAAAAUCAUAAUUCUGUAUACAAAUACCAUAGCCAUGACCUUCGUGAAGGAAGGUUUUCUCAUGCUCUUGAUCACUUUAGGUGUAAUGGAAGAUGUCAUUGUGAAAUCAUGUCGGGUCAAAGGCAUAAAUACUCACGGAUACCUUACUCAGCUGAAGCAACAAGUUGGGCAUACCGUGUUGACCAUCCUUGUCACCAUUGUUGUUCCCAUGUCUCAGCAGAUUUGUCUCCACGUGUUCAUUUCCAACAUGAAGAUUUACACAAGUGCUGUCGAGCACACGAUUGUAGCUCUUCAGGUCCACAAUACUUCACAGCCUCUAAACUCCCAUUAUAUAGCAGUGACACAAAUUCUGAUGAUCAGAGGUAUAGGACAACUAUGGCGAGGAAAUAUUUAAGGGAGAAACAGAACUUGGCUAAGCGACAUCGCAGGCCAGUAGCAGGUGGAGCUCCUUUUGUCACAUGUCCUAAAUGUUUUAAACUGCUUCAGCUACCUGCAGAUUUUCUUCUUUAUAAAAGGACCUGUCAUCAGCUGAAAUGUGGUGGAUGUUCAGAGGUACUCAAGUUUUCACUCAAAGACGGAACUCAUGUAGUACCUUUUUCAUCGAUUCCUAUAGAUCUUCCGUCUCGCGAGCUUCACCACGGAAGCGAGGUGAUUAAUGGCGGCAAGCUACCAUCAAAAACUCAUGUCAACCAUUACCAUCAUUCACCUGCAAAACCCAUUUCAUAUUAUGAUGAUUAUGGACUUUCUGUCUCUCAAAGCUUCUCCUCAGAAGUAGAUCCUGCUUUUCUAACCCAACAAUUUGAUACCUUGCAUAGCAGUGAAUAUGUUAACCCGGGUGUCUCUCCUAGCUCAACAUUUAAGGCAAAGAUUAUUGGUUCAAGAUAUUUUAGUACAAUCGCAGCUACAACGGAGACAGAUCAAUCAACAGAACUUUCCUCCAACAUGUCUGAACCUAGGAAAUUGUCACCAGAAAAGGAGGCAAGGCAGCCACGGAAAAGUACUCUGCAUAAACUGAUGGGUUAUUCUACACCAAAUAGAGUGAUAAAAGGGACACCUUGA